AUGGAUUCGAAUCGAUUAGUGCUGCGGCCGACACACAAUCGACUUCCACUUAAAGAUGUUUCAUCACAAAAAUUCUCAUCUAUAGAAAUAACAAAUAAAACCAAAUUUAUAUCUACUACGAUUGUACAACAAGAAAAUGAAGUUCCAACUGCGACAAGACCUAUUCUCACCGCUGCACGAGCAAUAAAACAAUAUUCAAAAGAGAAUGAAAAUGAUAUGGUCAUUUCCCCUAUGUUUAAAACAGACUUUUUUAUUGAACAAAAACCAUGUCGUUCUGAGAUUAAUAAAACACGCGAACAACUUGAACAAGAUUUAUUCGAAUUGCCUGACUAUCGUCAAUCAAUUUUUGAACAUUUAAAAUCAGUAGAACAUAUUUAUGCACCUAAAGCAAAUUUUAUGGAAUAUCAAUCAGAUAUUAAUCCUGCUAUGCGUACAAUUUUGAUCGAUUGGCUCAUUGAAGUGACUGAUGAGUAUAAACUGAAUGAUGAAACACUUUUUCUCUGUGUUCAAUAUGUGGAUCGAUUUUUAUCAACAGUGAACGUAACUCGAUCGAAGUUACAAUUACUUGGUACUACAUCUAUGUAUGUAGCAUCGAAAUAUGAAGAAAUGUAUCCACCUGCAUUAGAAGAAUUUUCAUUUAUUACGGAUAAUACAUAUGAAACAAAACAUAUCCUUCGAAUGGAACAGAUUAUCAUGAAAAUGCUGAACUUCUCUAUAUCUGGGCCAACGUGUUAUACAUUUCUACAACAUUAUUUUAUCGAUCUUAGAUCUUCCAUGCCCAUUGAUAACAAUGAUGAUGACUAUAAAAGUGUAACAAUGUUAUCGAAUUACUUAUGUACAUUAACAUUGCUGCACGAUCGACCAUUUUCGUCCUAUCGUUCGUCUAUGAUAGCUGCUUGCUGUCUUUUAUAUGCAAUUCAAUUGCUUAAACAACAUCUUAAUAUUGAUAUUGUAUGGUCACGUCAUCAUGUUAAACUAUCAACAUAUACACAAUAUGAUUUAAGACAAUGUACUAUAGCUUUAGCUGAAGUGUAUACAAAAACGUAUCAACAAGAUAGAGUAACAUCAAGUUUACUUCGACGUUUUUCAAAUACGAAAAAAUACAAUGAAUCAUAUCAAAAACGAGUGUGUGAAAUACUUCAUCAAUCAAAAUUAGAAGAAAUUGACGAAGAUGAUAACCUAUUGGAUUUAACACUCGACGAAUUCGAAGGAAGUAAUAUCAGCUUGGAUCUUCAUGGGUAA